AUGGAGAUCCGAGCGCUCUGGCUGCUGCUGCUUAUCCUGGCCUUGGGGUCCUCGGGCUCUGUCGGGGAGGACCUGGGCCUGUCGGCCAGCCAGUGUGUCGUCCCGGCCCAAGAGAGGGUGGACUGCGGCUACCCCCAGGUCACCGAGGAGGAGUGUAAGAGCAGGGGCUGCUGCUUUGACUCCAGCAUCACGGGGGUGCCCUGGUGCUUCAAGCCUCUGCAGGACACAGGCUGA